UCCACAAAGGCUAAUAUAUCCCCCUCAACCUCAUCCACCUGCUUUAUUCAUCUUUAAUCCUCCGUUUACACUUUGUAACCAUGGCCUCCGCCUUCUUGUCUGCACCAACCUUCCAAGGCCUCCGGCCACUCAACAAGGCCGCCGAUUCCCCUUCCCUCUUCCUCACGAAACCCACUGUAUCCAUCGCCCCAAAGAAGAAAUUCAACUGUGGAGUGAAGGCGGAGCUGCUGAACCCAUCUCUCGUUAUCAGCCUGAGCACCGGGUUAUCUCUUUUCUUGGGAAGAUUUGUUUUUUUCAACUUCCAGAGAGAGAACGUGGCGAAGCAAGGGUUGCCUGAGCAGAACGGAAUUACCCAUUUUGAGGCCGGAGAUAGUCGUGCCAAGGAGUAUGUGAGCCUUCUGAAGUCGAAUGAUCCGGUGGGAUUCAACAUAGUGGAUGUUCUUGCUUGGGGCUCGAUUGGACACAUCGUGGCUUACUACAUCUUAGCCACGUCCAGCAAUGGAUAUGAUCCCAACUUCUUUUGAUUUUGAUUAUGUAAUUUUCAGUUUUCCUAUUUGCUGAUUAAUCGAUCUAUCAAUGUAUCAUGUACUGUAUAUGUUUUUGCC